UUCGUUUUCAGUCUCACUAGCAGUACUAGAAGACUGAAUGACUGAUAGAGUCUUAAAAUCAAAUUCCUCAAAAUCCGUUUCCGGGAAUUUCACAGCAGAAGAAAGAAAAAAUGGCGAUGAAAUCGUUCGUUGAAGUCGACGCAGAUUCACAUUUUCCACUAGAAAACCUUCCUUUUGGUGUCUUUAAACCUAGUGGAGAAGAGCUUCCUCGUCCAGGUGUUGCAAUCGGUAAUUUCGUUUUGGAUCUUUCAGUCAUCACUUCUGCUGGUCUUUUUAAUGGCCAGAAUCUUAAUAACUCCAAUUGUUUUCUUCAGCCUUCUCUUAACAAAUUCCUUGCAAUGGGACGACCUGCAUGGAAGGAGGCUCGCUCCACUAUUCAGAAAUUACUUUCUGCUGAUGAGCCAACAUUACGGGACAAUGAGAGUUUGAGAGAGAAAGCACUUUUGCCAAUGAACAAGGUACAAAUGCUUCUCCCAACUGUAAUAGGGGAUUAUACAGAUUUCUUUUCCUCCUUGCAUCAUGCAAAGAAUUGUGGAACCAUAUUUCGUGGACCAGAAAACCCUAUUGUGCCACAGUGGUUUCACUUGCCUAUCGCGUAUCAUGGACGAGCAUCAUCAAUUGUUGUAUCUGGAACAGAUAUUAUUAGACCCAAAGGUCAAGGUCAUCCAGCACCUAACUCUCCACCAUAUUUUGGACCUUCAAGGAAGUUGGAUUUUGAGCUAGAAAUGGCUGCUGUAGUAGGUCCAGGAAACAAGUUAGGAGAGUCUGUGGAUGUCAAUGAUGCAGCUGAUCACAUUUUUGGUCUUGUACUGAUGAAUGACUGGAGUGCUAGGGAUAUCCAAGCAUGGGAAUAUGUGCCUCUUGGACCUUUCUUAGGGAAGAGCUUUGGUACAACAAUUUCCCCUUGGAUUGUGACACUUGAUGCUUUGGAACCUUUCGCUUGCGAUGCUCCUAAGCAGGAGCCUCGUCCCUUGCCGUAUCUGUCUGAGAAGACAUCCAAAAAUUAUGAUAUUUCAUUAGAGGUCCGGAUCAAACCGGAUGGACACAAAGAUUCAUCAGUUGUCACGAAGAGCAACUUCAAUCACCUAUAUUGGACAUUGACGCAACAGCUUGCACAUCACACAAUCAAUGGCUGCAACUUAAGACCUGGUGAUCUUCUCGGAACUGGAACUAUUAGCGGACCAGAGCCAGAAUCUUAUGGGUGCUUACUAGAGUUAUCUUGGAACGGACAAAAACCACUCUCUUUAAAUGGUACAACUCGUAAAUUUUUGGAAGAUGGAGAUGAAGUCGCUAUUACUGGAUUUUGCAAGGGUAAUGGGUUCAAAGUAGGUUUUGGAACGUGCUCUGGGAAAGUCGUACCAGCUCUAGUUUAAGGAAAUCUGUUGCUUCUUUAUUUUCCUUAAACUGCUGAAUAAGAUUACCUUGUUGUGAUUGUUUUGACGAUGUAAAUCAAAAUUUAGUCUGUCCCAUCUGCGCCAUAAUCUAGUUUCAAUAUUUUGACUGCCUGGACAAAGGUCAUUGUUGUGGUAAAUUAUUGUUCAUGUUCA